AUAUACACUGUGCAUUUAUCCCAAAGGACGCCAGUCAACUUUCUUCUCAUGAAUCUUGCCAUUGCUGACAUGGCUGUAGCAACGUUCUUUGCACCAAGGUAUCUCUUCAUCCACUCUAUAACUCAUCCAGAUGGAGCAGGUGGAUUACUUUUAUGCAAACUAUUGACGAGCGGAAACCUCGCCUGGGUUGGAGCUUCCUCUUCGGUCGUCACCUUGGUUAGCACCGCUUUUGAGCGCUAUUAUGCAGUGCUACAUCCUCAUGGAACCAAGGGAAAACUUACAAAGAACAAAGUUAAGGUGAACUUGCAUCCGUCUUUUUCUAAGUUCAUUAUCAAGAUGAUGUCCUUUGAGAGGCGUCGAUCAUUACUGUGAUGAAGAAUCGGGGGACUCAACAAAGCUUUAUACGGGGAGACACCACCCGACGUCCAUCCUGCCCUUACCUUUUUAUGUACCAUUUUGACAGACGGAAAAGGCACUCCUUUCGUGUACUUUCUAAUGACAAAUGGUACCCCUUCCACAUACCUGGUUUAGAACCUUUGCACCCCUAGCUUUUAAAUACUGCUAAAUGCACUGUCUCAAAAAGUUUUCACGACCUUCUCAAAGCCAUAAAAUGCAUCUCUUGGUCCUUUUGGCCCUUUUUUCAGACCAAAGUGACAGAAUUCUAUACUUUUACUAGCGAGUUCCCUACCUUUUCAUAUGCUGAAGCCUGAUUAACUGAGGUACCCCUUUCGGUCGGAACCUCCCCGUAUGAGUCAUUACUGGGAGGACCUCCCCCCGGGUGAGGAACACGUUUGUAUUUCAUUAAGAAUGUAUACCAGUAUCUGACCAAACCUUCAAGAAGAUGCCGUUCAUGGGUUUGUCUUACUAGUUUGUUUAUCAGUUCGGGCCUUGGACGAACGAUCAUCCAAGAUAUACUAUUGCUGGCCUUUUCCUCCGAGCUUUGCAACGUUCUGAGAGACACCGGUAUCUAUAAACUAUAUAUCUAUGAACAAAAUUCGUGUUUGGUUUUGCUGAACUUGUCAACCUUUAGGGGAAUGUAACUCAUAAUUUAUAAUGAUCAGCUUAUUACCCGCCUCAAAAUUUCAGCUGGGUAGAAAACAGCACCAAUCGUCUUCCUUGUGUUAUUUCAGGUGAUAAUUUCCUGUUCUUGGAUCUUUGGAGUUGUAAUCAAUAUCGUGGGGAUCCUGUGUGAUAACGUAAACGAAGAGAAAGCCUGUGCUCACAUAUGUCCCGAUGAAUGGAUGAACCGAGUGUAUAGUUCAACUUGGUUUCUGUUCGUAGCAUUUUUCCCAGUCUGUUUGAUGGCUACCCUUUACGCCCGAGUCGUGUACGCUUUAUGGUUUAAAAGCGAGAAUUCUACUGAAAACAGUGUCAGACAACAGGUUUGGAAACAUGGUCAUAUUGUCCUGUUUUCAUCUGUUUAGAGCUUUAGAUUCUAAGCUUACUCGUGGUUGUCCUCGUCUUAAGACGAGGACAACCACGAGUUCCCGCCAGCUUUUCUCAGUACUAUUAAGUAGUGCGCGCGCUUGAACCAGGGUCAUUUUGGCGGGAAAAGGUGAUAGCCUUCAUCAUUGUACUACAGGUUUUAGCGAAAACUGAUGUAGUGACGGAAACAAGUUAUCAAAAUGCUAGAAGUUUUAAAAGUUUGCGAUCUGGAGAGGGAUUAACUUCCUCAAUAAACAUAGCCGUGAAACUAUUCUGGUGAAAAAAAUAAAUAAAUAACGCUCUCUGCGGUGCCUGGUUUUUAAGAUGACAUUUAAGUUAAAUCUCGUUCUCGUUGUCUCCCUCUUCCUCGAAUCUAAAGUUCUCUAAUUUAACUGCAUCGCUACGAAAGGCUAGAGGUGUUACUGGAUCGAUCAAGGAUAAUUUUUUUAUGGAACUGACCAGUGCAUUUGCUCCAUUUUGCCACAGGCUCUAAUUCAAGCCUCCUGCCAUUCUAUUAAAUUAGCCUCUUAGAAUAAGGCGCCAAUAAUUAUCAGCCCGUAGCUUCUAAUAAGCUCCCAUCUACUAUAAAGAAAACGAGCACUGUAUGACGCUUACGUCUUACAAAUAACUUUUAUUAGAUGAUUUCGAGACAAUGACAAUUCUGACAAUUUGUCUCUCUUUUGCAGGGUGUGAUGAAGAUAAGAAAGCGAGUGACCUUAAUGGUUUUAAUUGUCAGUGUGGUAUUUGCUGUUUGCUGGCUUACAGACGCCUCUAACUUUAUUCUGUCCGAUUUUUCUGUCGUACGCACUUCCCUUCCAGUGGCGCUAACCAACACAUUGAUUUUGUUCAAUUCCGCUAUCAAUCCGAUUGUGUAUGCUUUGGUCAACCAGCGAUUCAGAAGGAAGUUCAAAAGUAUGAUCUGCUGUUUUAGUCGUCGAACAAGAAAUAUAGUAAAUCCAACAUUUCCAUUAACCAAUCCCACUCAGACGGCACUCUCACGUGACUGA